UGUCGCAUUUCUGAAGCCAUAUCUUUACAGCCCGAGUCUACCCUUGAAGUAUAUGGCAUUCUGCACAGAGUUCCAGAGGGUCAGUCGGCUCCGGGUGGACUUGAACUGCAGGCCGAUUACUGGCGUCUGCUGGGUUCAGCUCCUCCUGGCGGAAUCGACACUGUUUUGACUUCUGGAAGUGAAAUCGACCUCCAGCUCGAUAACCGACAUCUUAUGAUCCGAGGCGAGAACACUUCAAAAAUUCUUCGUUUAGUAAGUAUCGUUGCCAAAGCCUUCAGGGCGCAUUAUGAAGAUCGUGGUUACACUGAGGUGAGCUAA